AUGAACAUCUUGUUGGUCAAUGGAAAGGACAUAUUAUCAUCUAGUCACCACGAAGACUUGGGUUCCGAUUCCCCAGAUGGUGCUCCCUACUACGAUAUGGCUUGUUCGGAUUCCCCAGAUGGUGCUCCCUACUACGAUAUGGCUUGUUCGGAUUCCCCAGAUGGUGCUCCCUACUACGAUAUGGCUUGUUCGGAUUCCCCAGAUGGUGCUCCCUACUACGAUAUGGCUUGUUCGGAUUCCCCAGAUGGUGCUCCCUACUACGAUAUGGCUUGUUCGGAUUCCCCAGAUGGUGCUCCCUACUACGAUAUGGCUUGUUCGGAUUCCCCAGAUGGUGCUCCCUACUACGAUAUGGCUUGUUCGGAUUCCCCAGAUGGUGCUCCCUACUACGAUAUGGCUUGUUCGGAUUCCCCAGAUGGUGCUCCCUAUUACGAUAUGGCUUAA